GGAGUCUUGAGUAUAAUGUGUUCCCUCUGUUACGCAGAAUUGGGUUCCGCAUUGCCAUAUACUGGAGGGGAAUACUUUCACAUAAAUCGAGGACUUGGAUCUCUACCAGCUUUCAUCUUUAUCUGGACUCUAACAUUGUUUACAAUGCCUGCAUCCAAUGCAGCCUGUUCCCUGACUUUUGCAGAAUAUGUCACCAAGCCAUUUUAUUCUGGAUGUCCAGUACCAGAUCUUCUGAAGAAAAUAAUAGCCAUUGGCAUCCUUUGGGUUCUAGGAAUCAUAAAUACUAUGAGUGUAAAGAUGGCAACCUGGGUACAGAAUAUAUUUACUGUGCUGAAAAUGAUGGCACUGAGUCUAAUUGUGAUUUCUGGACUUGUACUACUUGGGACAGAUGAAGACUAUUUCGAAAACUUUAAAGAUGCUUUCAACGGUCAAGUUCCUAAUGCAGCACAAAUAGCCGAGUCAUUCUAUCAAGGUCUUCAUGCAUUUGGGGGUUGGUCCUAUUUGAAUUACCUCGCUGAAGAGAUAAAAGACCCAAGUAAGAACAUUCCCCGCACAGUAUUCACGUCCAUAACUGCAGUGAUUGUGUUUUAUCUGCUGGUGAACAUCUCAUAUCUAACAGUGCUUUCGCCCAGGGAGAUUGUAUCUUCAGCUGCAGUUUCGGUAACAUGGGCUGGUAGAACAAUUCCAACAGCGGCCUGGAUUAUUCCCAUGUCCGUUGCGGUCUCAAUAUUUGGUUCCCUCAAUGGUAGCAUGUUUAUGUCAGGAAGACUAAACUAUGCUGGAAGCAAGGAGGGUCACCUGCCAUCCAUCAUAUCCAUGCUUCAUGUGCAUUAUUUGACCCCAGCACCAGCCAUGAUCAUCUCAACAAUGAUUGCAUCUAUUUUCAUCAUCCCUUCUGACCUCCUCUCUUUAACAAACUACUUUUCAUUUUGUUCCUGGCUUUUGGUUGGCCUGACUACCAUUAGUCUGAUUGUUCUACGUUAUCGUGAGCCUAAUCUUCACAGGCCUUACAAGGUCUUCCUUCCAAUUGCAUAUGGAGUUGUGGCAGCAGCUUUAUUUUUAGUGAUUGCUCCAAUCGUACAAAGUCCAAAAGUUGAAUAUUUCUAUGCUUUGCUGUUUAUGUUGAGCAGCCUGAUUGUGUAUUUUCCGUUUGUAUAUUUCAAGUUGCGUCUACCCUACUUUGAUAAGAUCACAUGCUUUUUACAGCUUUUCCUUGAAGUGUCACCUACUGAUAUAUAUGAAGACUCUAAAGAUCAGUGA